UGUACGUGGCAGCGUCGAGAACCCCUCGCUGUCCUAUUCAUAACCCCCGGGGUGCCAAGUGAAAUUGCGUCCGCAUACCAGAGUGUAACGUUACGCUUAAGGACGUAAGAGAAUAAAGGUUAUUGGAAGCGACAGAAUGAGGAUGUUCCUGUCUUUCGUCCUCUGGGCUCUGCUCUGCUGCUGGACAACACAGGCAGAGAUCUUCACCUCCAUAAGCCAAAUGACAGACCUGAUCUACACAGAAAAAGAGUUGGUCCAGUCUCUGAGGGAAUACAUAAAGGCAGAGGAGUCCAAGCUUGCUGCUGUCAAAAGCUGGGCAAACAAACUCGAUGCUCUGACCAGAGUGUCCACCUCUGACCCAGAGGGCUACCUGGCCCACCCAGUAAACGCCUACAAACUGAUGAAGAGACUCAACACAGAGUGGUCUGAACUGGAGACACUGGUGCUUCAGAACCCCUCUGAUGGGUUCAUUUCCAACAUGUCCAUACACAGACAGUACUUCCCAGAUGCAGAGGAUGAGACGGGUGCAGCCAAGGCGUUGAUGCGUCUUCAGGACACGUAUCAACUGGAUUCUGAGGCUUUCUCCAAAGGAAAGCUGCCAGGUAUGCACUCGAAUGCCAUACUAACAGUGGAGGACUGCUUUGACAUGGGAAAGACGGCUUACAACGAUGCAGACUAUUACCAUGCUGUGCUGUGGCUGCAGCAGUCCUUGAAGCAGCUGGAUGGCGGCGAGGAAACUGAGGUUUCUAAGGCGGACAUUUUGGACUACCUCAGCUACUCUGUUUACCAAAUGGGGGACCUACCUCGAGCCAUUGAGCUGACACGCCGGCUGGUGGCCAUCGACCCCAGUCACCAGAGGGCAGGAGGAAACCUGCGCUAUUUUGAGCGGUUACUGUUCAAGCAGCUCAAUGAACUGAAGCAGGAGUAUGAGCCUGCCUCUGAGGAGCCCAUCCAGCUGGGAACCUACGAUAGACCCAAAGACCAUCUCCCAGAGAGGGAUGUCUAUGAGGCUCUCUGCAGAGGAGAGGGGGUCAAAAUGAACGAGGCAAGGCGUAGCCGUUUGUUCUGUCGCUACCAGGAUGGUGAGAAGAACCCUCGUCUCCUGCUGAAGCCUAUGAAAGAGGAGGAUGAGUGGGACAGCCCCCACAUCGUACGCUAUCUGAACGUCCUGUCAGACAUGGAGAUAGAGAAGAUUAAGGAGUUGGCGAAACCCAGGCUUGCCAGAGCUACUGUCCGUGACCCCAAAACAGGAGUCCUGACCACAGCCAACUACAGAGUAUCAAAAAGUGCAUGGUUGGAGGGAGAGGAUGACCCUGUCAUUGCCGGAGUCAAUCAGAGAAUAGAAGACAUCACAGGCCUUACAGUAGACACUGCAGAGUUACUACAGGUUGCUAACUAUGGAGUUGGAGGACAGUAUGAGCCACAUUAUGACUUCUCAAGGAAAGAUGAACCUGAUGCUUUCAAAAGAUUAGGCACUGGAAAUCGUGUGGCAACUUUUUUGAACUACAUGAGUGACGUGGAGGCAGGAGGUGCCACCGUCUUCCCUGACUUUGGAGCAGCAAUCUGGCCUAGAAAGGGGACGGCAGUUUUCUGGUACAAUCUGUUCAAGAGCGGGGAGGGAGACUAUAGGACCAGGCACGCAGCCUGUCCUGUCUUAGUAGGAAGUAAAUGGGUGUCAAACAAGUGGAUUCACGAGCGAGGACAGGAGUUCAGGAGACCCUGUGGCAUGACGGAAGUAGACUGAAGUUUGACCCAAACCUAAGGAACGUGCAAAAACACUCCUGCAUAAACACACACACACAUGCACACACGCGCACACACACGCAGACACACACACUCUCAGCAGUGCCUAAAUUAUGGCAAUGACGCAACUCAGAGACAUGUUAUUCAGCACCUCUCUCCUUUAAUUUUUUUACACGAUAAGGAAUGUUUUAUGAGGAAAUUAUGACACUGUUGGAUAAUAUAACUUUUAUUUUACCAGAAGAAACAGAACUCAGUUCUCCCCUCAUGCAAUUAAAUAUAUGGUUUAAGAUUUAAAAAUAAUAGUAAUAAAAAUGUGUACUGAAAAUAGAAUUUACCAUCCAUUUUAUCAAUGAAGUCGAAGGCAGAAUUGAACUACUGGUUUAUCCAAAUACAUGAGUCCUUUGCCAAAACUUUUUUUUUCCCCCACUGAUACCAAAAACUAAUGUGUGUGACUAAACCUGUGUGUUUUUUCACUCAGCGACUGUUACGCUAAGCUUUUUCUUUGCACAAUUAACUUUUCGACUUAACUUGUCAAAGUAAAAGCUUUAGUGGUGAUAUGGAGAAUCCCUUAUUUUUUAGCAAGUAUCUUAGCUGUAACACAGGUGAUUUCACAAAACUCUGACCAAAUUAUGUUCACAAGGAACUAUUUCUGAUUUGUUUUUAAGGUUAAGUGACUAAGACAGACUAUACACAUUUAACAUAUGUCUAAAUAAAAGGCAGCAACUAGGUAAAGAAAAACUCAUUUUAGCUUUUGAUAAAUAAUGAAAAAAGUAGUGCUUUUGGUGAUGGACUUUGAACCACACUCUGAUAAUAAAAAAGCUGACAAUUACCUAAUGCUACUAUGUGAGCACAUUUUCAGGUUGUUUGCCAAGGUUUUUGAAAGCAAUGAACAAAAUGUUACUAUUUUAAAAAAUUCAGUUUACAAAACCACCUUUGAUGCAAAGUAAAGCCAUGAGCUGGUACUGUCCAUGUGCUGUCGUUUAUCGUCUUUUGGACACAAAUUGGCUUGACUCUAUUGCCAUUGCUAAAAGAUUUACUUUGUGGUUCAACUAUAAAUAUAUCUUGUGUCUCCAUUCUUCAUCAUUUGCACCCAAAGUGUUUUAUUUUCCUUCAAACACAACAGAGAAAUGUAUUUCUUCCAAAUUAUGUCCAUAAUGGUUUUAUUUAUAUAGUGUUUAAAUUAUUACACUGUUACAUUUUGUGCUUUCUCUACAAGAUGGCAAACCAACACGUCAAUAAACAGUGUCUUUUA